AGUUUUACAAACUUUAAGCCGUUAUGGAUGCGUCAGUUAGUAGGUCGUUGGCCUUGAGUCUGACCGACCCAAGUUCAAAUCCUGACUCACACCUGUGACCUUUCUCUCAGUUUCCUCGUCUAUAAAAAGGGGAUAGCAAUAGUCCCUACCUCACAGGGUUGGGAGGAUCAGAUGCAAUAAUAGAAAUAAAAAUGACAGCACCUUCCAUGAAAGAAAGGCAACUUUGCUGGGGAGCUCGCGAUGACUACUGGAAGUGCUUGGAUGAAAAUACUGAUGAUGCCUCUAAGUGUAAAAAGUUAAGAAGCGUUUUUGAAUCAAGCUGCCCUCAACAGUGGAUUAAACAUUUUGAUAAAAGAAGAGAUUACUUAAAGUUCAAAGAAAAGUUUGAAGCGGGACAAUUUGAACCUUCAGAAAGAACAGCAACAUCAUAGUUCUUUGUAAAAAAAAAAAAUUUAAACAAACGCUGAGACUAUUCUUUGUGGACAUCAGUAAAUAUUCCUUUGAAUACCAGUUUGCCUGAAUUAUGAAGUGUGACAGAUUGGACUCAUUGUCAGCACAGCUCUCCUACUCUCAACAGUACUGAAAAUGAUCAAGAAUCCAACAGAGUUAGAAUAUUUAAUUCAUCCAGUGAAUGACUUGAAUAAAGUGGUGUAGAACGCAUUGUGGAAGUGGGUUUUAUUGUUCAUUUUCAUAACAAUGUAAACAAACUAAAAGUGAUUUUUUUUUUCUUUUCUGGCUGAGAACUACAUUUGAACUUGGUAAAACCGAUUCUUUUAAGUGUUUAUAUGUGGAAUCAAUAUUUUACUUGAAUGAAAUGAACACCUUGAAAGCAAACGCUGUAAUAUGAUACAAUGUAAAAUUUCAAGGGGCCAAAGUUUAUAUAUGAGUCAAACUUUAAGUAUUAUGCUAUAUGUAAUGGUUAAUAAACAGUUAAUUUGUAAAUAA